AUUAUCGCCGUUAAUUUCAUUUUUGCAUUGCUUCGUUGCGGUUUAUAGGCGAUUUUAACGGGAAAAAAGUUUAAUUCAUGUUGAAUUUUAGCAGUUGCAACAUUUAAACGAAAUGUCCAAAUUAUUCGCAGUUUUUUUGCUUGCUAUGCUAGCACAAUCGACUUACAGCAGUUCGGUCGUUGACGGAGCAAACACUGUUGAUGAUACUGAUUUACAAUUUACCGAUGAAGAAAUUGUGGCCGCAAUAAAAUUCUUAGAAAUGGCCCCAAAAAGCUCCGACGCCGACGAAAUCAGAAAACUCAUGACUGACUUGUGCAUAGAAAUGAAUAGAAAUCCAACGAAACCAGAAGAUUUAGAUAUUUUAGAGAAAUCAACGGAAGAUCCUCGUUUGGAAGGCCAUAAAACACAAAUGUGGAGCAAUGAAUUGGCACCGCACGCCAUAACCAAUUCGAAUGUUAUCUCUUUGAAACGAAUGUGCGCUGAUAUAGCCAAGUAUAUACCGAAGUAGCAACAGCCUCCAUCAACCACACAAUAGCUUCGUGAAAACUAGACAAUCACAUUUCAGAGACACAAUGGAAUUGAACUAAUGUUAAUUUCGAAUUCGUUAAAAGUUUUUCGGUAGUACUUACCAGAUUUACAUUUUCGUCGAAUUUUGAAUAAAACAAUCUUAUCAAAAAUGGAUAAAAUGAAA